UUAAAUUUGCUAAUUAAAUCCAUCAUCAUGAAUACCAAAGUCAUUCUAGCUCUCCUACUUUGCUUCCUCCUCGUUGCAUCCAAUGAGAUGCAAGUUGGGGAGGCAAAAGUUUGUCAAAGGCGCAGCAAGACAUGGUCAGGGCCAUGUAUUAACACAGGUAAUUGCAGCCGUCAAUGCAAGGAACAAGAGGAUGCUCGUUUUGGAGCUUGUCACAGAAGUGGCUUUGGAUUUGCUUGCUUUUGCUAUUUCAAAUGCUAAAUUAUUACUCAGAGUGUGUGCUAUCAAAUAUGUGACAAUGUUGUGUACUAUUGUUUGAAUAAGGACGUCCAAUUUACUAAAAUUGGAUGUACCCAUAGUUAUGUUGGUGUGUCCAAUUUACUUAUUGUAUCGUAAUGUAUGAUAUUGUAUUGUAUUGAUGAAUAUUAUGUUUGGAUAGAU